CUGCAUUGUUCAUUUCAGCCUUCACUUUCAUUCAAGUGCGUCUUAUCGUACCGUGCGCGCUGAGCUCUAAAUUUUGAUAUCAAUAUUUCGUAAAUAUAUUUUUAUAUUUUUUUUUUCAAAGUGUCGCCUAACAUUAAUGGUUUGUGCAUUAAUUAAUUAACAACAUAAAUUCAUACGCAAAUACAAUUCAAUUUGAGAAAAAAAGAAUUUAAAUAUGCCUGGACAAAAUCACUACCAUUUACAUCAAUAUGGAGUAAAUAAUAGAUAUAAUCCAUUUCGUGGCAGAAGUGGGAGAUUCCGUCAAGCACCAGAUGAACUGUAUCCUCCACGCUCUUAUUUUUCCCGUCAACCUUCUCGAUUUCAUUCAAAUUCAUUUAAUCAAAACCAACAGUAUCCACAUUCACCUGAAAUUUUCCAACCGACACCUUUUCUCCCAGUUCAUCCUCAUCCCGUAUUUUCUUUUGGCCCUAAUUUAUUUCCAUUUCCACAGUUUUCUCCAGUGCCUCGAAUAUAUGUACCUAUAUGUACAAAUUCUACAUUUCCAAAUAUGCCAUACUUACGUAGUUCUGACCUAUUUGAUGCCCAAUAUUUGCAAGCUAACCAAUAUUUUGAAAUGAAUGAAACAGAUGGAAAUAGUUUUUCGGGUGCUAACAAUAAUUUUUACUCAUGUGAAAACCCUGAAGUCAGUUAUACGGUGAAUAAUAUGCAUAUGAAUACGACGGAUUCAAUGGAACGAUCUCAAAGUUUUAUAAUGCAAUUUGAUAGUUCGCAUCCAUGGUAUAGUGGCCAAGCAGCAAAUCGAGUCCAAAAUAAUGUUAACUCUAAUAACAUUGUAAUAAAUCCAACUCAAAAUUUUUAUGAAACCACGCAAACAAUACCAUCUUCAACAAUUGCAUCCGCUGAGAACAUAACAUCAACAAACACUAAUCCAUUGACUCGUAAUUCUUCCAUGCCUACCUCAGUAAAUACUAAUCAUUCAAAUCAGUUGACUGCAUCUUAUACUGCAAGUUUAGGCUUAACGGAAUCAAACAGUUCCCAGUUUCAUGAUUCUGCAGCAACAAAUGACAACUUCAUCAAUGGUAAUAAUUAUGAAAGUAACGUAAACCAGUCAUACAAUAACUGGAUCUAUGGUAACAACGAAAACUAUAUGACUGAAAGCAAUAAUAUUAACUAUGAAACUAAUUUGAUGAGGCAAAGUGAUGAGUUCAGUGAGUUCUUGUCUAAUGUUGAUAUAAAAACAGAAUCCGAUCCUGGCAACCAAAAUAAUCGGACUUCAACUCCUGAUUCAUCAGGUACAUUAACAUCUGUUGAAAGCACUCCGCCGCGCAAUAAAAAUACUUCUGCGACUUCAAAUCCGGACAGAAUUAAAUUUGUUACUGAGAAUAUAAUACAAAUUGGGCCUAUAUUUUACUCCAGAACUGUCAAGUUGAAGAGUUCAAUUUAUGUUAACCCUAAUUAUAUACCAAACCAGAGAGAUAACUCUAUUGAGGACCAGGGAAGCAACAUAAAUAUUAACCAAGAAUCUGAAUCACAACUUUAUACAAAUAUUGUUAAACGCAAAACUAAAAGCGAUACAAGCCUCGAGGAAGGCAGCGAUACAAGUGAGGAGGAAGAAUAUGAAUUAAGUGGAUCUGGUGAAUCUAGUGCAGACGAAAGUAUUGAAAACUCUCAAAUUGACAAUACUAAGGAAAAGGAAAAUGUAUGCCGUCUGAAAUCACAGUGUAUUACUCAUCGUCAGCUAACCCAGCGCCAUAAAUCAUAUUCGAAUGGUAAAGCAGAUAACGAUCACUUUAAAGCAAUUAAAGUCUUUCAACUGUUCGGAGAAUGGACUACAGGAUUUUACUUUGCAGAUUUGUAUUAACUUUAUGAAAUCACUGAUUUUUAGGCAUGAAUUUUAGAAAAAUUAUGCUCACUAGGAAAUGUGCUCACUGUAAUUGGUUAAACUCUGCCAUAAUUGAAUUCAAGAUUGGAAUAAUCAAUAUUAAAGUCAAAUAUGUAUGCUUACUAUUAUAGUUAAAUACCAAUUCGACAAAAUGAUCACCUUUUUCAAUCUUGAUACCGGCUGGAAGUUUUGCAAAUACUCUAUAUGCGAAACCUAGCAGAUCCAGUCGUCAAAUGGAUGAAAUAUGUUGAUUUUAUAUACUGUGACUAAAACGGGUUCAUAUUUGUAAAUAUCCAUGUAUAAGAUUUGCAGAUGACAUCAAAACCGGUUUUGAUAGCCUUCUAGUAACUCCAAAAUUAUUAAUUAGUGAAGGAGAAAGUCCUUCACUCCUUUAUAAUAAUCCUUUACAGUAAUUUAUUUUUUACAUAAUUCAAAAUAAUGAAUAAUAUGGUUCAAUAUCAAUUAUGAAAUCCAAACCAAACUAACAGAUCGCACACUUAUCUUGUCUCUUUGUGCUGGAAUAUCUAAAACCACAGCAAUAAACUUUCAAUACAAUUUCUUGAAAAAAACAGUUAACAACGAGAUAUCGUCCAUAUAUCAGCGUAUGAAGAAUCGCGGUCUAGAAUAAUCGUUUUGAAAAUUAAUCUCUACUCUAGCGAAAGCCAUCGCAAAAUCAAGCAUUUAUUUAAGACUAAUAAAAGAAAAGAAAACCACAUAAGGAUUUUAUAUUUAUUAGGUUAUACAUAAACUAGUCCACAAAAAAUAUGUGGAGGAUUUUCUCAAGCGGUGACAUAAUUAUAUAGCACUCAAGGCGGUCAACUUCGAAGACUACAAAAUA